AUUACUGCAGACAUGGGCCAAGGAGCCAGAGGCUGACCCGAGGCCCGGGGUCUGUGAGCGGCUGGGCGAGCCCGCGGGACGGAGGGCCGCCAUGGGGAUAGCUGCCCUGGACCUCCUCUGGACAGUGCUCCUGCUCCCUCUCUUGGUCUUUGGGGUCCCCACUGAGGAGCACACCUCUGGGGAAGCUGUGGCCUCCAGUCCCCCCGGGCGCUGCCGACGGUGCUGUGACUCUGAGGACCCCCUGGCCCCUGCCUAUGCUGCAGAUGAGUCCUCAGCCUCUCCAUCCUCCCUUCCCUACGUGUGGCCUGAGGUCAGGCCCUACAUUAACAUGACCAUCCUGAAGGGUGACAAAGGGGACCGAGGCCUGCUGGGCGCCCCUGGGAAGCUGGGCAGGGAGGGCCCCCGGGGAGAGCGAGGCCCGCAGGGCACCAAGGGCGACAAGGGGCAGGCGGGCAGCCCGGGCAGCCCGUGCCAGACCCGCUUCUCGGCCUUCUCCGUGGGCCGCCGCACGGCCCUGCACAGCAGCGAGGGCUUCCAAACCCUGCUCUUCGACUCGGUCUUCGUCAACCCGGACGGCCACUUCGACAUGGCCGCCGGCCACUUCGCUGCCCCGCUGGGCGGCCUCUACUUCUUCAGCCUCAACGUGCACAGCUGGAACUUCAAGGAGACCUACGUGCACGUCAUGCACAACGAGGAGGCGGCCGUCAUCCUGUACGCGCAGCCCAGCGACCGCAGCAUCAUGCAGAGCCAGAGCGUGAUGCUGGCCCUGGCGCCCGGCGACCGCGUCUGGGCGCGGCUCUUCAAGCGCGAGCGGGAGAACGCCAUCUACAGCGACGACGUGGACAUCUACAUCACCUUCAGCGGCCACCUCAUCAAGCCCGAGGACGACUAGCCUCCCGCUGGGCGGCUCCCCCGAGGGUGCCCACCCCCCGCAGGGCCUCAGUGUCCCCCUCUGUAAAGCGGGCCCGCGGGGCCUGGCACUCCGGGUAGCCCCCCCUUUCUUCCCUCCCUCCCUCCCAGGCUGUUUCUGCCGCUCCCCUCUCUUGCACAGAUUUUGCGAAGCCGUCUCAGCUAAACGUUCCACAACUUUCCCCGCCUUUUAGACCAGCGCUUCUCCAACUUGAACCUGCACACGAAUCACCCGGGGACCGUUCGUGCUAAAACGCAGAUUCGAUCUGUCAGGCGUGGAGUGGGCCCAGGACUCGGCAUGUCCAAGCGGUUCAUGGGUGACGCUCGCGCGGCUGGUGGAUGGGCCACACUGGAGUAACCAGACUCUAGAACUUUCUUCCUAAACGUUCCGAACCCUCUGAACAUUCUAGAAUCAUCACAGCAUCCUUAAACAUUCUCACUUCUCUGGCUGCCCCUCCUCCCUCCCUCUCUCCCUCUCGCCUGCACCCCCACCUGUGCAGCCGCUCACUUCGUCAUUCAUCCGACCUCACGAGUGAGCUCACUGUGCCGGGCCCGGGAAAGCUGGGGCGGGUCAGACGCAGGCCUGCGCUCGGUGGGCGUGCAGCCCAGCCCGGGUGGGAGACAGAGGCCUGACCCGGAGAAACGCGUGGUGCUCUUGUCACAUAAUCUGGGCUCCGGGCAUUCAGGCUCCGUGGCCCCUCAUCACCCGCGGUCCCCCAGGCUGGUAGGACAGGGCCCCCGAGGUGGGGUGUUCCCUGCCUCCUCUCAUUCCUGCUCAAUGCCUGUCAUUAAAGCAACCCCAGCCCCAUAGCCCCCCAUACAGCUGUACGGUCACCUGCGAGGGCUCCUGUCCCCCUCACAGCACCCCUCCCUGCCCGCUCUGGGGCUCAGCCAGGCCGCGCUCAGCCCACCCUACCUAAGGCACUCGGCCUUGGUUCUCCCGAGCUCCCCGCCCCGCAGACCUUGAUGUCUGUCCCCAGGUGCUCUCUGACCCUCCGUGUCCCCCCUUGCCGUCCCAGUGUCCCCACUCUCUGAGCGUUAAGGUGCUGGAGACCCACAGUCUCCCCUGGCCUGGUGCCGCCUUGGGAAAUGCCCGGGCAGAGGCGCCAGGCUUUGGACCCUCAGCAGGUCUGAGGAACUGACGCGGGUAACAUUCAGGCCAGUCGGGGACCCUCCCUCCUCUGAGCCAUGAUGCCGAGAGGCCCAGGCCAAGUAAGGGACAUCAGGCUUCCUGCCCCUUCUCCGCUCCCAGGUGGGGCAGCCUGGUGGCCCCAGCCUUCCUCUCCCCCGUCCAGGUGGCCUGACCUCUCCCCCGGGAGGCGGCCCCCCGUCUUGGUGCUUACGCAGACUCUGAAAAGAGGGGCCCGGGGUGGUCUCUGGUGCUCACUUAUAGCCAAGGGGCCACGUGGUGGCUGCGUGGCUGGGGGUGGCCGCAGGGCCUGACCUGUGCGCAGGCCGGGGCGCAGCCCCUCCCAGCCGCCUGCACCUGCCCUGCUGUCCAGCGUUAUUAAAGGUUGCGUGUCU